GACUCAACUUAACCCAAUGGAAACGGCGUCGUAACGGCAACUUUAUAUACGGCGCCGUUUCAUAGUUUCUAUUUAUUCUUGAUUCUCGUUCUCUCUUAGUUUCGAUCAUCAAUUCCGAUGGAUGUCUCCUUACCAGUCGAUAAGCUAUCUUUUGGAUCACAACCUGAGGACAAAACAUGUGUAGUUCUUGUGGCAACUGGGAGUUUCAACCCUCCUACGUUCAUGCAUUUACGCAUGUUUGAGCUGGCCAGAGAUGCAUUACACUCGGAGGGAUUUCAUGUUCUUGGAGGCUAUAUGUCCCCUGUUAAUGAUGCUUACAAGAAGAAGGGACUUUUAUCUGCAGAGCAUCGUUUAGAGAUGUGUAAUCUAGCCUGCAGAACCUCCGACUUUAUUAUGGUUGAUCCUUGGGAGGCAUCCCAAGACAGCUACCAACGAAGUUUGAUGGUUUUAUCAAGGGUCAAGACUUUGCUUACAACAAAUAGACUUGUACCCGAGGAAUCUCUCAAAGUCAUGCUACUGUGUGGCUCGGAUUUACUGCAAUCUUUCUGCACUCCUGGUGUUUGGAUCCCUGAACAAGUAAAGGCCAUUUGCAAAGACUAUGGGAUUGUUUGCAUCCGUAGAGAAGGGCAAGAUGUUGAGAGUAUGAUCUCUGGUGACAGAAUCUUAAACGAAACCCGUGAUAACAUCAGAAUAGUCAACAAUUUUGUUCCUAAUCAGAUUAGCUCAGGAAAUGCAUUUCGGGAGGAUUAUCAGUUAAGUACUUGACUGAAGAUGGAGUAAUAGACUAUAUCAAACAACACCAACUUUACACUCACCUCGAAUGACAAAAGCUGAGACAUUAUUUCUUCACCAGAUUAAUAAUAUUAAUACACAAGAUUUUCAAAUAAUCGUGUCAUUAACCGAUGUAAUCAUAUCAUAUCAUAUCAAAUAUAAUUUAUUGAAAUUAGUAUUUUUGA